AUAAAAGAGGUAGAAUGCAAACUUAAUCGCAUAGUUAUGCUAUAGAAGUAGAAUGCGCGAUUACGUGAUGCCGACGGUAACCGUUUAAAUAAUGGCGCUAUUCGCCAUUUAAGGGUCACCUUGUUUGAUUUUAUUAGCGGUUGUAUUAAAUCUGUCAGCUAAUUCAGAUUGUUGUGUAUCGAAUAAAAUUGCUAGAAUUAUUUCUAAAAAUGCUAUCCCAAAUUAGAAACUUGUGAUUGUUAGAUAUCAAGUAGUGCAGAAUUCUCGCUUACCCUCUCUCUGAUGUGUCUGCUUUUAUUUAUCAACACCGUUGCUCCAACAGGCUUUUCAGUCGAAUUUCUAGCGAUUAUUCAUAAUUCACUGUUUGUAUUAUAAAUCAGUACAGUCGAAUGUUAUAUUGUUGUUUUUAUUAUUUCCACCGUCCGUGAAAUAUGUUCACCCGACUGGUGUUGUCCUUUGUUUUAAUAUAACAUGAUUCUAAUCGUCACGUUGGUAUUCGCUGAAUGCUGUGCCGGGUCUCUAAUGGUAUCAUUCACCUUUCCGUGCCGUAUGGGACGUAUAUUCAAAUGUCGAGUGCAAAUUUUGUACCUAUAUAUGCCUUAUUAUAAAGAUUGUGCAAAUUUAACCUACACAUAGCACACACACGUUCGUCGUGGUGGCGGUAUUUGUCGUUGUCGUUGUUGUUGCUGUUGUUGGCAGCUAACACUGGUUCUUUCUUUUAACGCGUUAAAAACAGGUUGACAAUGAUACGUUUUUAUUGGGUAGCGAGGCCAGGCCUGCGCGCUGUGGUUAGCCAAGGACUGUUUUUCUUUUGGUUGACCCCAUGGUGGCAACAGCGAAUCGGGUUAGAGAGGCCUCGUGAUUGCGAUAGUGGUGGCGAUGGAAACACAACUAGCAUGAUGAUAUGAACAAAGUCCACAGCAGCCCCCUCGCCGUUACUCGAUUGUACUCACACUGAAACUGCGCAUGGGGAAGCCAUGGGUACUGUUGUCCGAACUUUUCUUCGUCACUUUGUCCGCGAUACCAAGCCUUCUUGGCAAGUCGCUGCUUCAAAACUUCAACGGCAGCGUAACUUUUGCUUCGGGUGCGAACAGGUGAGUGUCAUGUGUGCCUCACGAGGCUACGAAGAGGCGGUGGCUCAGCUCAAUCGCCUCCAGAGCAACUCGUCGGCCAUCGAAGAUUCACUGAGAACUCGUCAAGCCCUUGCUCCUCUUGUGUACACGAAAUGCACUAGUUAUCUGCACGAACUGCGCAUUGAGCAGAAGCAUUUGACGGCACUGAGGGUAGUCCACGUCAGUGGAACAAAAGGCAAAGGUUCAACGUGCGCAUUCACGGAGUCGAUCCUUCGAUCGUAUGGCUAUAAAACAGGAUUCUACUCCUCACCACAUCUUCUUGCCAUUCGUGAGCGGAUCAGAAUAAAUGGAAGACCAAUUUCUAAAGAUCUAUUUGCUAAGCACUUUUGGGAGACGUAUGACGUCUUACGAGACUUCGAGAGGCGCUCAGGUGAGAAGGUGCCAAUGUAUUUCACUUUUCUAACGAUGAUGGCUUUCCGCCUAUUUGUCCAUGAAAAGGUCCACGUAGCAAUAAUAGAAGUUGGUAUAGGUGGAGAAUAUGACAGCACCAAUGUCGUCGAUCAACCGAGCGUUGUGGGAAUCACAUCUUUGAGCAUUGAUCAUGCAAAGUUGUUAGGAAACACAAUUGAAAAGAUUGCGUGGCACAAAGGUGGUAUCAUGAAGUUCUUGGUACCAGCGUUCACAGCGAGUCAACCCCUUGAGGCAAUGAGGGUGCUGCAAAAAAAAGCCAUUGAGAGGCGUUGUGACUUAUACGUCGUUCCGUCUUUACAAUUAUAUGAUACUGCUGGUCAGCCUGUACAACUUGGCAUUCCUGGUAAAGUUCAACUAGAGAAUGCGUCUCUUGCUGUACAGCUAGCACAUUUUUGGAUAAAAAAGAACGACCCAUACCGAUUUCCUCAGGUUGAAUGGGGAGUUACCCUUCGUGACGAUGUGCUCACGCUUGAUUAUGGUGAUACCAGCAUGAUUUUAGCGCGACCAUUUAGUUUGCCCACAGAGACUCUCAAAGGUCUUGAGUCGUGCCGAUGGCCAGGCCGGUGCCAACUAUUGAAUCGCGGAAAUGUGGCAUAUUUUUUAGACGGUGCUCAUACAGUUGAAUCAAUGGAGGAAUGUGCUCGUUGGUUUGGCCAAUAUCACCAGACCAGUUCUUCUCGCCUGAAAGUAUUAUUAUUUCAUUGCACAGGCGAUAGGAGCAGUGAAGCUCUUCUUGCACAUUUGAAGCGCCUAUUCUUCGAGAUAGCAAUUUUUUCACCGGUAUGCACCUACAUGCAGUCUGCCUUAUCUGCUGACAACUCUAACUUCACCCUUAACGGCGAUAGGGAGCGUAAUAAAUGCUUUGAAGAUGAAGCAACAUUUCUACGUAUUUGUAAUGGACAUCAGCAAGCGCGAACAUAUACUGUCGACUGUAUUGCAGAUGCUGUGAAGAAGAUAAAAAUGAUCGCAGAAGAGAAAAAGGCCGAGCACAAAAAGCUCUCCGUGCUUGUAACCGGAAGUCUCCAUUUAGUGGGUAACACACUUUCCAUAAUAGAUCCUAGACCAGAUUACCUCUAAUUGAUAAUAUUUGCUUAAAAAUUAAAGUAAGAAAGCUACAGUGAUAUCGAAGCAAUCUAUGUAAUCGCGUGAGAAGUGUUGGCCCAUAAUUAGUUCUACCUGGCAAAGUUGCCUCAAAACGUGCAAUAGAUAUGUAUCACUGAGAUGCUAGAUCGAUGGCGAUGACUGUACUAUGGUAUGAGUUGCCAUGUUUGUUCAAUAGGUUGUGCAGUGCGGUGUCUGUAAGCUCUCAUCUGUCUUAUCUCCUCUCAUCCUAGUAGGUAACGUAUUCGCUUGGUAAUCCUAGGAACACAUUGUGGGCUAGGUUCGAACCCUGCCAAGGCACACACUUUUUGUUCUGGGAGCCAGUUCUCUGAUGGGAUGCCCAACGGCGAUGCUGAAUGUAAAACUUGGAAUAUAGAUAAAACGAAAACCUGUAGACUAAAGCUAUUUUAUUCGUAUGAUCACUAAUGGCUAAUGAUAAAAUGAAAUUUGUUUUAUUGGAAUUGUACGUAUAUGUCCAUAAUAAAACAUAACACAAUGAUGAAAGUAGAAUUUUUAAUGCAAUGAUUUUCUUAGUUGUUAUUUUUAUUUCGCUACCGUGUAAGGCGCUGGUCGAAUUUUGACCUUAAUGGUUGUGCGGCGGGCGUCAAAAUAAAGCAAUUCUGCUAAAACUUUUCAAUAAUUGUAAUUUAGUGUGGGCAACUAAAUGAGCAAAUCUUAAUGGGAGGUGGUUUUUGUCUUUAUGGUAAUUCUCCUUUUUUGUGUACAGAAGCUGCUUUAACUCGAAGUUCUUUUAAAAUCAUGAAUAGGCUUUGAACAUACGUUUAAAAUGCGCUAGUAUUUAAAUGAGUGUUCAGGCAGAGUUAUUAUGUUCUCGCUGCAUUAUGGAAACAGGCCAUACAGGUGACUAUCGGAGAUUUAUUGCCGCUGCUCUUAAUCGUUACAGAUCUUGCAAGCCAAUUCGCCAAGCGAAGCAAAUUCACACUAAAAAAAGGCGGAUCCAAAGCAGGGCAUAUCGAAAUACCCUUUUUCCUUCCAGAUCCCUGUUAUUCACACGCUCAAUUGUUAAAGCGUCGUGGGAAAGUAGCAUCUUCAGUGGAGUUGGUCUUUUAAAAAAGAGUCAGGUAUAGCAUCGACGCUACAUAUUGCGGAUCUAUUCUCUGCUAGGUGGUCGAACUGGUGUCGCUUUCGACACUGCCUAAUUUUUCUGAAGCAAGUGCUACAUUAGGUAAUUUAAUUAUAGCAUUAUCUUGACUGUGAAAGAUGGGAAACAAAAAAAGGUGAAUCUAAAGAAUGACUUCGUAUAAAUCUAUUGUAGCAUUCUCUCAAGGAAACAGAAUCUAGUUUUUUGAUGAAUACCUGCAAUACUAGUGGCGGAAGGAAAAGCUCUUUUGAAAAAAGUCAUUAUAUUAUUAAGGUAGCUCUACACCAGUGGUGCAUAGUCACUCGAGUAUUACUUUCGUGAUUUGGGUAAUCUCGAUUUGACACGCAUUUGUCUCUAUAACUCUUUCACUGGCAUUUUUCAAGUCGACUGUACAAGCGCAAACCAUAGAAAAUUAUAGAGCAGCGUAUAAAUCAGUCCGUAAAAUAUUUUGCUGGGUAGUUUUCUUCGUAAAAUAUUGCGUUUUCCAAUUACUCUUUGAAAAAGAAUUGCAUCUUGUUGAAUCUGCUAUUUAGUUGUCAUUGGCGUUAUGGUUUGAUGUGUACGAUCCCUUAUUCAAUCCUUAUGAUGGUUGCGGGGUCGGCUUCCCUUUACGCAGCCUGAGUCCAGACAAGGACUCUCCUCCGAAAAGAAAAGAACAAAGCGAAGGAGACCCCUUCAAAGCCUGCAACGCAUUUGUCUUUUGUGGGUGUCUCAGGCAUAUUAGACGAUUAGCACGCCAAUAGGCCCUGUUUUGAGUGAGAAUAAUUUCUCCGGUCCUGUUAAAUAAAUAGCGGUAGCAAACUCAAGCUGACCUAAAAAAAUACGCCCAUGACCCAAUGGCAAACAGAGCAAACGGCUAUUCUCAAAAUGGUCCACGGUGAGAGGCUUUAAAAGCUGACUAAAAAGGUUCGGAAAUAAAUUAACUUACUCUCUAACACAAAUUUCUGCGAGCCACAGGAAGUUUCAAAGCUGUUUAUUCCAAAUUGAAAAGCUCAGAUGCUUGCUAGCUAUACUUGGAGAGAGGCGUGGAUGACUCUUUGCACACGUUAGCUCAGUAUUGGAUGUUGACCCGUAUACGGCUAACUUCUGUGAAUGCCAAUAUUCAUAAGGCCCUCAUAGGAGGACUAAGAAUUGCCCGCACUACCCUGCGUACAUUUUCCGCUCUCUUGAUCGAGAAGCAGACUCGUGGUAAGCGGCGCAUAGCACUCCCUUUAACCAGCUUUUAGUACUAAUUAACGAAGGCUUCAGGCUCGCAUGAGUUGAAUAUGAUGUAUAAUUAAUCGAUUAAAUUUGUAUUAUGGUACAUUUUAGUCAGCAUAAUGAUUAUAUCCAUCGGGGAGCUAUCAACUCGCAGGGUCUAGCAAUAACAAACUUUCAGUGACAAGCGUCUAUGAGUUUGUUUAAAGGUGCGCAGCGUUCCUUCUGGUCGCUCAUAACAAAUACAAAGCCUAAGGCAGUGGGUAGUAUGAAUAAUUAGCUUAACUGAAAAAGUUUUUAAUUUAGGAACUAGGGUUAGGGAGCCUCUUCACAUUAAAUAAGGCAAUAUGGGUUGUAUAGAAGGGUCAUUUACCUGCGAUUAAGGAUAUGCGCGAUCUUUCAUCGGUACCAGCUCGCACUAAAAGCCAGCUGUCGGAUGAUAGCGAAUAAUUAAUAAGCACAAGUUGUUUGUCGGACAUUAACGGAGCUAAAUGAAAGAGGGAUUUCGAAAAGUUGAGACACGUUUUAGAUGGUUCUUUUAAGACAACAAUUAUUUGGUAAUAAAUGCCAGCUCCAACGCGGUCAUUUGUAUUGUGCGUCCAUCUCAACUGUAAGCAACAGUUCAGUUUCAGCAGACGACCUGGAUUGUAUACAGGCAAUGGAUUUAGCCGCGAAAAAUUCAACAUCACCGCUUUACAAUACCUAGAUAUUCUAGUUAUCGAGAAUCCGUCGUGUAACACAAAAUCGCGUGUUGCCAGAGAGUCCAAACAAUGCUUUUACAGCGAUGCAGUGUAGGGAGUGCCUACGGGAAGAUAACAUAUCUUGUAGCUGUUUGAGCACAACGGUUCACAUUUCAGAGACAACGACAAAUUGCCGUUAGCUAGACUUCAACGUUUCGUAUCCUUUACCCAGUAAAAGAUAGAAAUAUUUUGAAAGCUAUUGACGAUGAGGCAGCUAAAUCGAUGUAAUAUGGGUACACGCAAAGAGCAACUAUCGCUUAGUGGUAAUAAACCAAUAUUCGCAAUCCACACAAGUGAGACUAUGCAAAAACCUAUCCUCGGACCCCGUGAUGUAGAGGCCUUAAACGACGUGUUUGCGCAAGGACCAAAUCUGUUAACGGACGUUAUUGAGGUCCUUUUACAAUGCUGGAAAGGAAAGUUCCUCGAUACAGUGGGCAUUUAAAGAUUUUACUUAAUUUGAAAUUGUUUCCACCACAAGAUACUCCUGUGAUUUAUGGGGUACCUGGACAAUGAGGAUGAUUCGAACGCGCCGAUGAGAAAAUUUUAGGCUUCAGUUUUGGGGUUCGGUUACAUUUCCAAUUCGUGGUUUAAUUUAGAAGACGAAAUGCAGAAUGUCUAGAAGAUAAUGAUUUUCUGGUGGAGAUUGCGAAUUUAUUCUAGGCGGGUGACAUAAUGUUUUACGUCGAGAGUUGCAACGAAGCCAAGCAAAGAAUACAGCUUUUGAAGAGGGUGCUUAAUAAUGGAUGUUUUCUUUUAGACGAUCAAAGCUCGUUUAUUGAUUCCUAAGUAGACAAAGUGUCAAUCAGAAAUAAAACGUUCCAGUUUCUAGGUGUUAGUUGAAAGCGAGUUUCCGACCUGCUGAGUGUCAUGUUAAAAUGCUGACGCUGAAAACGCGUCCUAUUCUUUGGCUGAAUUGUUUGACUCGUUAGAAAUUUCGGCAUCGGUCGCAGUUAACGCGAACAUUGCCCUCUAAAAAUUAUGGCUAAAUAGAAUUGACGCAGACAAAAUAGUUUUUCUGAAUGUUCAACAAACUAUUCUAUGGUCGCAGUCAGCUAAAAUAUCUGAAGGAACGCCAGACGUUUUCCAGAAAGAUGGCAUGCCAGUUCAUAAUGGCCGGCUAACACGACACUCGCUGCUUGAAAAUAAGUUGGGCAAGUUCUGGAAUAAACAUACACGUCUGCCCAAAUCUGUACCCACAUAAUUAUGUAUAGUGCAUCAUUAACCAAGAAUCCAGCGAGUCUCAACAUGAUAACGUCCACUUACUUAAUCAUUUUAACAAGAUGAUAUUCACAGAUUUGCAAAGAGAACGUAUGAAACUAGUCUAUGAGUAGUUUCGGCCUCGAAUCGAGAUGUCAUCGCAGUGAAUGGGCUGUACCGAACACAGAAACAUAACCUAUACAUAGAGAUAUUUCUAUUAUUUGACGCUAAAAAGAAAAAAAAAUUAGAAGCCCUUUACGGGAAUAUUCGAUGAUUUUUUCCCGAGCUAUCCUGCUUUCGUUCUUGUUGAUUUUUGGCCACGUACGACAAUUAGUACUCGUCGACCGAGAUGGCGCUGCUCGUGUAAAGUGUCGUCAGUUGAAUACUGUGAAUAGACUUGUUACCCUUUCCUUUUGUCUGGUCGUUGUUUUGGGCGACGGCCCUGUGGAAAGGGCUGUGAGAUGCGGUGACGGCAUAGAUCGUAAUCAACGAAGACGAAAAAAAAACCAGCGUAACUCAUGGACAUUAUUGUUGAAUUGUCGCAUCAUCCAGAAGAUUUAUGAGCUUUUAAAUUUUCUAACACCAUACUAGAGUUAAAUUACAGACAAGUGUUAUAGAAUAGGAUCUUCCAACAGGGCCAUCGUUGGCUAUUGAAGCAUCCGCGCAUCUGUAGCAUCGAUCCAAUGUCUGUUGCAGGUAUCAGGACUCGAAUACGAGCUGAAACUCUACAAGUUUAAAUGUAGGUCUCUUUAAUUAUACCUAACACCUGUUACUAUUUCGAUUAUCUCGCAGCGAUUUUGGGCUACCUGUACUUUUAGACAAGAGUUGAUUCCACAUUUUCCCACACACCGCAAAGUAGUCGUUCAGAAUCUCGUCUCAGCUGAAGUGUGAUUUGAAGAAGUAAAUGGAAAAAGUUAGGCAGAGACGAUGUUGACAAACCUAGGAGUCAUUGCUGUUUUUCAUUGUCUUCAUUUUAUUUCCAUUAGUAUGUACUUAUACUAUAGAAUCUGCGCAUUCGAUGUAAUAAGGCUCUGAAAACACAAUUUUUUAGAUUAAUUAUUACUUCGUAUUAUAUAAAGGGAAAAAAAAAGCUGAAUUUUGAGAUAAUUGAAGAUGUUUUCUGUGUAUAUCGUGUUCAGACUAAGUGGAAUUAAAAGGCCAAAAACUUCUCCUGUUCCAGUUGUGCUUCAUUUCUUUGUCAAUGCAAUGGAAGCAAUAAAAGCAGAGUUCAGUCAAAUGGCUCUAUAAAUAAAAAAAAAAAAACCAACGUA